UGGCGGGACGCGGGCCCGGCGCCAUGGAGGGGAGCCUGGAGCAGCACCUGGAGGACACCAUGAAGAGCCCGGCCGUCGUGGGCGUCCUGUGCACCGACUCGCAGGGCCUGAACCUGGGCUGCCGCGGGACCCUCUCGGACGAGCACGCCGGCAUCAUCUCCGUCCUGGCGCAGCAGGCGGCCAAGCUCACGUCCGACCCCACCGAGACGCCCAUCGUGUGCCUGGAGGCCGACAGCGGGAACAUCAUGAUCCAGAAGCACGACUGCAUCACGGUGGCAGUGCACAAGCUGGCAUCCUGACCGGGGGGACCGCCGCGGCCCCCCUGCCUCUGACCGAGCUCUUCCUCGCCGCACAGCCACUCUCCUCCGCUGCUCCUCUGCAGAACGUGCUUGUAGUAACCAAAUCCAGGCCGCAACCUCUCCCUCUUCACUGCUCCCCAGCAGCUCCCGGGUUCUGCAACUCGUGGCCUGGCGYGUGGGAUGGGACACGGGGCGCUCGCUGAGCUUGUGCAACCAUCAGACAACACGAGGU